UAUGGACAGGGUGGAUCAUAUGGAAGCAGCAGCCAUUAUGACCAGGGUGGACAGGGUGGAUCAUAUGGUGGCAGCAGCCAUUAUGGACAGGGCGGCCAAAGUGGAUCAUAUGGCAGCAGCCAAUAUGGACAGGGUGGAUCAUAUGGCGGCAGCAGCCAAUACGGACAGGGUGGAUCAUAUGGUGGUGGCAGCCAGUAUGCAAAGAACAACUCUUCCUCAGGCGGUGGUCAGUCUGGUGAACAGAACUCGACUUCUCCAGAAGGCAGUCAGACUGGUGGACAGGAUUCAUCUUCCCCUUCAGGAAGUCAACAGAGUGGGCCGAGCUCAUCAUACUCUGGAGGCAGACAGCCUGGUGGACAGGGUGGAUGCUAUUGCCCUGGUGGGUUUUCUGGUUCUUCUUAUGGUGGACAAGGCAGCCAGUAUGGUGGUGGACAUGGUAGCCAAUAUGGUAGCAGCAGCCAGUAUGGUGGCAGCAGCCAGUAUGGUGGUGGACGAGGAAGCCAGUAUGGUGGUGGACGAGGAAGCCAGUAUGGUGGUGGAGAAGGAAGCUCAUAUGGUGGCAGCAGCCAAUAUGGUGGUGGACGAGGAAGCCAGUCUGGUAGUAGCAGCCAAUAUGGUGGUGGACAAGUAAGCCCGUAUGGUGGCAGCAGUCAAUAUGGUGGUGGACGAGGAAGCCAGUAUGGUGGCAGCAGCCAGUAUGGUGGUGGACGAGGAAGCCAGUAUGGUGGACAAGGUUCCCACUAUGGGAGUAACCAGCAAGGUGGUGGACGAGGAGGCAACCAAUACAGUGGACAU